AUGUCCCUCCGUCCCACCCUCUCUCUCAUCUUGACGCCCGCCCGUCGCAUCGCCACGAGUUGUGCCUCCCGUCACAUCACCACGAGCUGUGUCGCGGCCGCCCGUCUCUCCAACAACCCUUUUGACCCGUUCCCGCGCCCGUUCGACCCGCCACCCGUCCCGCGCGGGCCCGAGCUUACCCACUCGCGCGGUGGCGAGUCGAGCGCAAAGCUCCGCGCCCGCCUCACCUACCAGUCCAGGAAGCGCUCUUCUCUCGAGAGUGGUCUUCUUCUGUCUACAUUUGCCCGCGACUUUCUUCCUGGUAUGACUACGCCUGAACUGCGCGAGUUUGACCGUCUCCUCGCGGAACCCGAUGCCGAUAUUUACUCGUGGGCGGUCGGGAAGCGCGACGCGCCUUCGCGCUGGAACGACAGCGCCGUGUUGGAUAAGUUACGCAAGCACGCGCGGAACGAGAAUAAGGUCGUGCGCCGCACACCCGACCUCGAAGACAUUGAGCGAUAG